AUGGUUACACGUGUUCUUGUGUUCCUGGUUAUGAGGGCUUGAGAUGUGAUGUCGACAUAGACGAGUGUUCGAGCAAUCCAUGUCUAAAUGGUGUAACAUGUACCGAUGGAGUCAAUAGUUACACGUGCACUGGGCGAAAUAUUCGCGUGGUACACGUAGGUGGCAGUAUAUGGGGAAGACUUGAAGUAUACUAUAACAAUGCUUGGGGUACUGUGUGUGACGAUGAUUUUGAUGACAUUGAUGCUAAGGUUGCUUGUAAACAUCUAGGUAUGAGCUAUGAGGGGGCAACUUUCAAAGAAUCACUUGGUGGUGGUAUAGGAGACAUAUGGUUAGACGAUAUGGGAUGUGUAGGAACAGAGACCUCUUUGUUUGAAUGUACACACCGAAGUUGGGGGGAUCAUAAUUGCAAACACGGUGAAGAUGUUGGUAUAGCUUGCAAGUGAUCACGAAUGACAUAGCACAGGACUACUGUAUGAUCCGGUGGUCUACAUCAAACAUGUUUGAGUGAACAGUGUGUUCAAAAUCUAAUUUUCUCAAGAAACUCUAGAUCUGCCAAAUAGGGAACUGCAUUUGGCACUAUGUUUCUGUGUUGUUUUGAUGAUUUUUAUACCCAGAGAGCAUCAUUUUAUUGAGCCGAAUGUUUCGAUAGACUGGAAAACUGGAAAAAUGUUGACUUUUUAGCCGUCGUUCUAUGUGUAAAGAUGAGAUAAGAGUUUCAUAGAUCUACGAAUACCAGUGUUGAUUCGUUCGA